AUGUCAAUACCCCCAUCUUCUUCUUCCUCAUCAUCAUCCAAAUGUUCAUUUGUAUCUUAUAAUGAUCUGGAUCACUUGUCAGAAGAUCCUCUGCAAUUACCACCACUCGCCACUCCAGCAGAAUUUCAAUCAUCUUUUCCAUCUUCACCGACGCGGUCACCAUCUACCAUAUCUGACAAUAUAGAUGAUAUGUCCAUUGACGAAUUGAAAACUUGUCUCAUCACCACAAAAUUAAGAUUAAAAGAAAUGGAAACGAAAUUGAACAAAUAUAAGUUACUGAUACAUAAAGAUCGAGAUCAAUCCAAAGUACUUGUGACCAAUUUGAAGGAACAAUUGGGACUAUCUAACGGAAUGUUUAACAACGCCAAAGAUGACUUACAGAAUACAUGUGAUACUCUAAGUCAAGAAAGAGAUCGCCUUGUAAAAGAAAUCCAACUAUUGUCACAAACACAUGGAAAAGACAUUUAUGACACAAAGCCUAUACUUGAGCAAAUGCUUGAUAUCCAAUUACAAUCCAUUUACAAAGAGAUUGAUGCAGCCAAAGAGACCAUGAGUCAACUUCGAAAAACCAGAGACAACAUUCUUGAAGAGAUGGUUUUAUUGAAUACAAAAAAUGCCGAAUUGAAUAGUAUGAAUAAUGAUCUAUCCCGUCAUAUUGCCCAACGUGAGAUGGAAACCAAAGCCUUGAUGGCCAGUACGCAGUUUAUACGACCCUCGACCUCUUCUUCUUCUGCAGACACUACCCUGACCACAUCCACUUCCACCUCAUCCUCGAGUAACCGGCCACCUCUUCCAGCUUCAUGGACCUUACCUGAGAGCCAUCAACAGAUUCGACCAUCUACAUCGACAUCCACCGGUUCAUCCGCUUCCUCUUCGUCCAACAAAAAAAAAGAUCAACAACAAGAAUUGCCCACUGCCGAGUCAUCCAAAAUAUUCCCGUUUAAUCGUCGUAAAAAGGUAUUCGCCACUAUGCAGUCGAAAACAUUACAGAAAAAGAAAUCAUCAGAGUCAAGUAAAAAACCAACAUUGCCACCUAAAACAGACCCACUGUACUUACGUAGUCAACAAGAGCAGGGAAGUAAAAGGAUACCAUCAGAUGAGAUUCGUUCCACAGCUCAACAUCACUUUAUCGAGACCAAGUUCUUACGACCUACCAAAUGUGAAUUAUGUAAGGAGAAGAUGUGGCGUGCUAACGAAUUGAAGUGUCAAGCUUGUUCUUUGGUCUGUCACGUAAAAUGUGUUUCCACUAUUGUGGAUCCUUGUAAACAUGCACCUACUGUACAAACAAAACUACCUUCUUUGACAACACAAUCAUCAUCCAAUCCAACACAUUCUCCUCCGCCUCCACCUCCUCCACCACCACCUCCACCACCUCCGCCACCACAUCAUCAUCAUCAGCAGCAGCAAAAACAGAAAUCAGUCUUUGGUAAAAGUCUUGUCUUACAAGCUCAAGAAGAACAACGAUUGAUUCCAUUUGUUGUUCAAUGUUGUGUGGAAGCAAUAGAGCAACGUGGAUUGGAUUUUGAAGGGAUUUAUCGAAAAUCUGGAGGAGCCAGUCAAAUGAGAUUGAUACAACAAUGUUUUGACGAUCAUCAAUAUCCUGAUCUAAGUGAUUCAUGUACUUGGCCAGAUAUUUGUGCCAUUACCAGUGUACUCAAACAUUACUUUCGGGAAUUACCUGAUUCUCUCUUUCCUUUUGAAUUUUAUGAUAAUAUCAUGCAGGCCAUCGAUUGUCAUGAUCUUCAAGGUCGUAUUUCUCAACUAGUCUAUGUUUUCGAAAGAAUGCCUAAAGAAAACUAUCUUACUAUUCAAUAUUUAAUGAAGCACUUGGAUAGAAUUCAACAACAUAGUCAAAAUAACUUGAUGGUGACCAAAAACCUGGCUAUGGUAUUUGGUCCUACUCUUAUCCGUCAUCCAAAUGAUAUACAUGAUAUCACUGAAAUGAAUCAAAAGAUCCAUGUCAUUGAUUUCAUUCUUCAUCAUAUCAAUGAAUUAUUUGAAAGACCCACUUCCUUUUCUUCAUCAUCUUCUUCUUAAUGUAAUAAACUAUACCAUUGUCAUCAUCAUCUUUAUAAAAUCGUCAUCCAUAUGUCCAUCUUAAUGAUGAUAUUCUACAGGCUUUCAUCCCCCCCAAUCAAUCAUCAUAUAUAAAAAAAGAAUAAGAAUAAAAAUAA